CUGAUUGAUACGCUUGAGCUGACUGAUAAGCCAUAUACAAUAUUAAGUGGCUUAGAACAAUAUUUUGAACCUAAAAAAAAUUUAAUAAUAGAACAAUUCAAGUUUUUUCAAAGAAAUCAGCAAGAAGGUGAAUCAUUUGAUCAUUUCUUAAUUGAUCUAAGAAAGCAAUCUAAAAAAUGUGAAUUUGGUGAAUUGAACAAUAAUCUUUUAAGAGUGAGGAUAGUUCUUGGUAUUAAUGACAAGAGACUUCAGGAACGGUUAUUAAGAGAACCAAAAUUGACUUUAGAACAGACUGUUGAGUGUUGUAGAGCUGCUGAAGCUGCUAAACAGAACCAGUCAGUAGUAAUGUCAAAGGGUGAUUCUAAUUAUUUGUCAAGUAAUCCAAUGGUUGAUGCUGUUAUUUAUAAUACUAAAACAGAACAUUCUAAAGAUUUCAACAAGUUUGAUGAUAAGUCAAAUGGGUUACAAAGUGGUGGUCAGUCCAGUCAAUCAAUGAAAUAUAAAAAUCAUGACAUAAAUGUUUUUAUGUAUGAUUGUAAGAAAUGUGGUCGACAUCAUGGUCCUAGGAGUUGUCCAGCCUUCAAUCAAAAAUGUAAGAUAUGUUUAAAAUUUGGUCAUUUUGCUGUAGGAUGUAAGUCAAGAAUUGUUAAAGAUAAGAGUAAUUUAAGUAAUAAUGUAAAUAAUAAUAGACAGGUUAGGGCUAUUACUAAUGAAAAUAAUAAUAGUAGUGAC